GGGUCCCGCUCGGGCGCUGCCGGUGGGCGCGGGCCCAGCGCCCAUGUGCGGCCGCCCGGCACAUGCUCACUGCGCGCGGCGCAUGAGCAGAAGCGGCGCGAGGCCAUCGGACAUCUUGGGCCGCCCCGCACGGAGCGGGGAGCGCCGCCGGGCCCCGGGGCGGGAGCAGCCCGCCGCCCCCCGCGCCUCCCGGCUUGGCUCGGCCGCCCGCCCUCCCCGGCGCUGGCUCCCCUCCCCCGCCGCCCCCCGGGCUGCCCAGCGCAUCCCUCCUCCCCCUCUUGCAUUUGUCUUAAUUCUUCUCAGAGACAAGAUGGCAACGCCGGCGGCGGUAAACCCUCCCGAAAUGGCAUCGGAUAUUCCUGGCUCGGUGGCCUUGCCAGUUGCACCGAUGGCAAGUGGACAAGUGAGAAUGGCAGGAUCCAUGCCCUCCAGAGGAGGAAAGCGCCGUUCUGGAAUGGACUUCGAUGAUGAAGAUGGAGAGGGUCCCAGCAAAUUUUCAAGGUAUGAUGGUGAUCAAAUCUCUGGUGAUAAGGAAAAGUUUGCAAGGGAGAAUCACAGUGAAAUUGAAAGACGCAGGAGAAAUAAGAUGACACAGUACAUCACCGAGCUGUCUGAUAUGGUACCCACUUGCAGCGCGUUGGCUCGUAAACCUGACAAGCUGACAAUUCUCCGGAUGGCAGUUUCACACAUGAAAUCAAUGAGGGGUACUGGAAACAAAUCUACUGAUGGAGCUUAUAAGCCUUCGUUUCUUACAGAACAGGAACUGAAACAUCUUAUCCUGGAGGCUGCAGAUGGGUUCCUGUUUGUAGUUGCAGCUGAAACUGGAAGAGUAAUCUAUGUAUCAGAUUCUGUGACUCCUGUGCUGAACCAGCCACAGUCUGAAUGGUUUGGCAGCACUCUCUAUGAGCAGGUUCAUCCAGACGAUGUGGAGAAGCUGCGGGAGCAACUAUGCACAUCUGAAAACUCUAUGACAGGACGAAUACUGGACUUGAAGACUGGAACAGUAAAGAAGGAGGGUCAGCAGUCUUCAAUGAGAAUGUGCAUGGGAUCAAGACGCUCUUUCAUUUGCAGAAUGAGGUGUGGAAAUGCUCCUCUGGAUCAUUUACCUCUGAACAGAAUAACCACUAUGAGAAAAAGAUACAGGAAUGGCCUUGGCCCAGUAAAAGAAGGCGAAGCACAGUAUGCCGUUGUGCAUUGCACUGGUUAUAUCAAGGCUUGGCCACCAGCAGGAAUGACUAUACCAGAAGAAGAUGCUGAUGUGGGACAAGGUAGUAAAUAUUGCCUCGUGGCAAUAGGAAGGCUUCAGGUAACCAGCUCUCCAGUGUGCAUGGACAUGAAUGGCAUGUCGGUCCCAACCGAGUUCUUGUCUAGGCACAAUUCUGAUGGAGUCAUCACCUUCGUUGACCCCAGAUGCAUCAGUGUCAUUGGCUACCAGCCCCAGGAUCUUUUGGGGAAAGACAUUUUAGAAUUCUGCCAUCCUGAAGAUCAAAGCCAUUUGAGAGAGAGUUUCCAACAGGUUGUGAAACUGAAAGGUCAAGUCCUGUCUGUGAUGUAUCGUUUUCGUACCAAAAACCGGGAAUGGAUGUUGAUCAGAACCAGCAGCUUCACAUUUCAGAAUCCUUAUUCCGAUGAGAUUGAAUACAUCAUCUGCACCAACACUAACGUAAAACAACUUCAGCAGCAGCAAGCAGAGCUUGAAGUACAUCAAAGAGAUGGACUGUCAUCCUAUGACUUAUCUCAGGUGCCUGUUCCAAGUAUACCAGCUAAUGUUCAUGAGGGUGGAAAGUCUGUUGAAAAGCCAGAUGCUAUCUUCUCCCAGGAGAGAGAUCCUAGAUUUGCCGAGAUGUUUGCUGGAAUAGCUGCUUCAGAUAAAAAAAUGAUGGCCUCAGCCUCCACAGCGGGAAACCAGCAGCUUUAUUCGCAAGGAAGCCCAUUUCAGCCAGGACAUUCAGGAAAGACUUUCAGUUCAUCUGUGGUGCACGUGCCUGGUGUGAACGACAUCCAGUCGUCUUCAUCAACAGGCCAGAAUCUCACACAGAUAUCUCGCCAGUUAAAUCAGAGUCAGGUUGCCUGGACAGGAAAUCGUCCACCUUUUCCAGGACAGCAAAUUCCAUCUCAGUCUGGCAAGGCUCAGUCGUCACCUUUUGGGAUUGGAACAAGUCACACUUAUCCAGCUGAUCCCUCGUCAUACAGCCCUCUUUCCAGCCCCGCCACCUCUUCUCCAAGCGGGAAUGCCUACUCUAGCUUAGCAAACCGAAGUGCAGGGUUUGCCGAAGGUGGUCAGAGCAGCGGCCAGUUCCAGGGGAGACCUUCUGAAGUCUGGUCCCAGUGGCAGAGCCAGCAUCAUAACCAGCAAAGCAGCGAGCAGCAUUCGCAUCCACAGCCCAGUCAGACCGAAGUGUUCCAGGACAUGCUGCCAAUGCCGGGGGAUCCAACGCAGGGUACUGGCAAUUACAACAUUGAAGAUUUUGCUGAUCUGGGCAUGUUUCCACCAUUUUCUGAGUAGCUUGUGAAGCAGAAAUGAAGUUCUUCUCCAAGGCCAUUUCAGUGUAUUUUUGGCUCUGCUUUUUCUGUGUUGCAUUUCUGUAGAAGCUACUAAAACAGAAGUCUCAUUUUUCAUGUAUCAGAUAGUGGUGUAGGGCUUGCUCUCUCCUCCUUGGGGUGCGUAAGUGCCAACAGAGGAGUUCCAGCACUUGUUGGUGUUCAUUGACAGCUCCUUUUUUUAUUUUAUUUUAUUGUCAUCUACCUCAGAGAUGAAAAACUUUGCUUGAUUUUUAAAAAAAGAAGUCUCUGAGUCUUAAAUAUUUGAAUGUGAAUGAUACCUAAUAUUCCCUUUGGUAAUUUUUAAAUAGAUAAAGAAGUAACAAAGACUAACAGAGAAAAGGUAAGGUAAUGUCUCAUUACAGUGCCUACCGUUCAAUUUCGAUGCCUUGCUUUAAACUUAAGUUUCUGGAAGCAGAUACAAUAUGCUGUUUUCUUUGAUCCUUGUAGUUUUUAGCUCAGUUUAAAUGUGAGAUUAAACAACAUAACAUAGGCCUCUGACCAGAAGAUUCAGCUCCACCUUUUCUAACUUAAACUUGAAUGUGUGUACAUUUUGGUACUUUAUGUAUAUCUUGUGCUGUAUGAACUAAUUUCCUGUACUGGUUUCUUUUGCCUUUAAAAAGGGUCCAUUCUGGAGCAUACUGAAAAGGUUGGCAAUAUAUGUGGAGGAUUUAGAAGUUGGAGGAUUCUCCAUCACUUCACAUAGUUCUUACUUUUAAUUCAGGUCGUUCUCUAUUAAGAACAAACAUUUACUUACAUAAGCUAUUAGUCUGUUUUUGCACUGAACUGAGGCCUGUAAUUCUAUAAAUUUCUCACUGGCUGCUUUAAUUUCUGUUGUUCUUGCUUUCCCAAAAUGAUUGCCUCAUAAAAAUGACUAUAAACACAUCCAGCUCAUCAUUUCUGUUUUAGCUGCAUAUCCUUUCUGUGAAAUACUUUUUUAUACUAUGAAAGCUCACAUUUUAACAGUGCAAGGUGGUGGCCUAUUACAACAAAAUCAUCCGAGCUCAUUUGCUACAAGCAGCAAGGUGAUUUUGUAGUGUACAAUGUUUUCAGAGCAAGCUGGUAAUAGAUAUCAAUCAUACUGUUGUCCUCUGCGUACACAGUGAUGAUAACCUGAAUUUUUGCUUGGAUUCCCAAGCAGUCCCUUCUGUUUAAACUUCCUAUAUGAGAUUUUCAGCUUACCAAGUGCUUGGAGGCUCUGACUAUUCUGAAUGCUAUAUGCUUUUCUGCAGAGGUUAAGUUAAUUACCUUCCUCUUGGGCUAAUCAUCUACCAUAUACAUUCAUGAAAAUUUGUUAGAAAGAUUUUUAUUUGACAUUGCAUAUGCAUAAUGAGUUACAGAGGCUGGGUUCUAAAAUCAACGUUUUUAUCCAUGUCAGUUCUUUUGGGAUGGAGGAGGAGGAGUUGCUCAUAAAGGACAAGGAGCCCAGGAUUUUUUUUAGUCACCUUUAAGGUAUGGAAAGUUGUAGCCAGCCUUGCAGAAGGGGGAAAGUGGCCAGCUUCCCUAAGCCUUUGCAUAUUCAGGUCUGCCAUCAUAGACCUUAAAAUAGCAACAAUAGGGCUUAGCCCCCCACCUAAAAGAUCUCCGUUUCUGCAGCGAUUUCUAGACUCUGUGGUCUGGCUUCUCAUGGCUCCUCUUGAAGUCUGGGGUGUCUUCCAACGGGAAGGGCCGCACACAUCAUUGCAGCCUAUCUUGCCAGGAUAAUAUCUUGAAAAGCUGCCGUCCCCUGUCCUGCAGCCUGCUCUGGCCACACAGAUUUCAUGCUGAAAAGCAGCGCAGGCUGCUGGGCCACAGCUAACGUGCCAAGGAGACCCUGCCCUAACCCUAACCACUGCUUUAACUGUGGGGAGCUUUUCCCAUCUGACUUCGCUUUCCUGGCCUUCUCACAGAACAGCAUGUAGUUUUCAAUAUCCAAGAGGAGUCUUUCCUACUGUUUUUCUUGCUAUAUCUGGAGCCAAGUUCUUACCCUACAUGCAAGUGGGGCUGGAGACUUUUUUUUUUUUUUUUUUUUUUUAGGAAAAUUAAAUCUAUUGUUAGGCUAGGUGUAGUACUUCAGAGGCCUCAAAUCCUCUGGCCUCUCGCUGCCUUGCCAAAAUCACACUGAAAAGAAAAAGAAUAAGAAUCUCUUCUCUUUCAGAGAUAGGGAAAAUACCUUCUUAGAUGAGAAAACCAUGCACUUAAGCAUUAAUCAUUUAAAUAUAUGGAUGUUUAUUCUCUUUGAGCCUUCUCCUUUUCUGCUUGUGGUGCUCGAGCGAAUGACUGCUCAUUGAAUUAGAGGAACAAAGAUCUGCUUUCCUUAGCAUGAAAUUCACUGAUGUCUGUAAAAGAUGCCUAUGUGCCGACAGGCUGGAGGGGGACGGUCAGCAUCUGCACGAGGGGCAGAGUCUGUAGCAUCUAAUCAUGAGAGAGAGAGCGGUAACGAGCAGUUUGUAUCUCUGUACAGAAGGCACUUGACAUGAGGAAUUUCAGUUCUUCUAAAAUUUUUCCAAAACAUUUCUCUGUAAAGCAAAAAAGCAAUUGAAAAAUGGUGUUCCUCUGUUUCAAUUUACCUGACAAGUUGCUCUAAGUAUAUUUAUAAUUUACCUUUGUUCCUGAAUCCAAUCUAAAAAAUAUAGGUUUUAUUUAUGUAAUUUUUUUCUCCCAAUACCAGUGCAGAUACUUUCCUGAAGGUAUCAUGCUUUUAUACUACUGUAGAAGGGUUCUCACAUGCAGAAUUUGAUUGUGCAGUUAGAAAAGCACUGUUAGCAGGAAUUCAAGCCUGUCUUUUUGUGGGUAUUUUUUUUUCUAAUAGUACAGUAUUAUUGUUUUGAAGCCAGCGUGCCUGAGGCAUCAGAGCAUAGACUGCUUCUCAUCUUGUAGACCACUCCUGCCUUUCUGGUUGGGAAAGGGGAUGGCUACUACGUUGAAGGGCACUCUGGACUAGUGCCAGGUUUGGGAUUUUGUUGGGAGCCGUUGUCCUUCCCUGUUGCCAUUCUGACAUCCCGAGCCAGCGCUUUCUCCUUGUUUCUCCACUCUUCCCUGCGUCCCCUCCAGAUCCCAGCCAUCGUACCCCUACCGCGCUUUCCCACGGGCAGGCGGGGGUUGCCACUUCUGAGCCAGCGAGGAGGGAGCGCUUAAAGUGUUUGGCAGCUUUGUGCUUCAGACCAAGUGAGCAAGCAAGUUCAGCGUUCGCUCGUGCUGCUGGGCAUGCUGCAGCACCGUCGCUGCGCGCGGCCGUGGUGUCCGUGGCUAGCGCCUGCGAGUCAGCCUCGUCCCAGGUGUUGUGGCAGAAAAAGCUGUGCCGCAUAAGCUGUGCUGUAUCUUUUUGUCACGUGUUUGGUUACUAAAGCAACUUAGUUACGUUACUGCUGAAAUUAUAAAGUGCAUUUGGAAUGCUAACAUUUUUAUUGCGUGCCGUUAGUGUAGCUCUGCUGGCGCUUUGGCUGCCGCUUGCAGAAUUUUACAGGUGGUGAACUUGUUGUUUCUUUUUUUCUUUUUUAACCUGGAAAUAAAGCUGUGAUUUUUUGAUCAAACUGUGUUGCAAACACGGUGUUUCUGGAAACUGAACCUUCCGAUUUUUAAACUGGUGGAGCAAGAAACUGCAAAUAUUUAUGGUCUGGGUGAGUUAUUUCAAUUAGUGGGCAUGUAGACUGAGAACAUUUUAGAUACUGAAGUAUUUGCAUUCAUUCAUUCAAACUCCAAAUCCUGUUUAACACGAGGGACUCCAUCACACUACUUGUUCAAAGCGCUACUGGCAGUACGUGCGGUGAUGCUUUAACCACGUAGUUCCAUCAGUAGCUUUGUUGCCCCCCCCCUUUUUUUUGGAAGUACAGUAUGAAACUGUAAAUACUUCUUGCAGUACUGUCUUUUUAACUCUUAAUUACUUUUGGCACAGUGUUAAAUAGUGUUGGAUUUACCCAAUUGCUAUGACAUAUAUUUUUAUACAUAGGUGUACUCUUUUUUCGAGAAUAAUACAGCCAUUUUGUCAUUAAUGCCUUAUCAGUGUCAUACUGCUGUUGUUCUUUGUUUGCAAGGUAUCGAGUGGACUAAUUUCUAGUUCAGAUAUUUUCACUUUCCCUGGCAGUGCUCAAGUUUGGAUUCAGGUGAUUUUUGCCGGAGUCCCAUUUUUCAUGGCUGUUAGCUUUGAGAAGAGGAGAAUGAGGGUUUGUGGGGGUAUUUUUUCUUUUAAUGGAGAAAAGAAAAUGUGAUGGCAUCUAAUUGUCUUUAAAAGGUCAGUCUUUUCCUACUCUAAACCAGAGUGUAUUUCAUGGAACUGAUGACUGUGGGCACUGAUUACUUUGUGUAGAUUAAUGGUCUUUUUUUUAAUAAGAAAUUAAAAAAAAAAAAAAAAAAAGAAAACGACUCCAAAAAUGGGCUUCUGUCAUUGUUAGGCACUUGGUUACUUAUCUGUUUAAACUCUUCAUAUUGAUGUGAAAUUGUGCUGUGGAUAAAGUGUAUUUUGUACUUCUGAAUGUUCUAUAUUUAUGACUAACAAGUACAGAAUCAGUUGUGUGUAUGUAUAACUAAUAACUGCCUUUUUAAAUUUCAUUAAAAUAAAAAUGUCAUGAGCUGUUGUUAA